AUGGACAUGGUCGACUUUAUUUUUCUUACACGCUCAUGGGCUGUAGAUGGUCUACAUUUGAAGAAAAAGCUUUCGAAAAUUACAAAAACAGUAAGCCCCCUGACGAUAAUGCUGUUUCCGGAAGGCACAUUCUUAUGUCAGGAAAUGUUAGACCGUAGCCAUAAGUAUAUUUCGCAAAAUACAACGUUGAACACCAAAUUUGAAAAGGUUCUUUUGCCAAAGUCUACAGGGCUAUUUCACGUCAUUCAAUACUUGGGCGAUUCUUUCACUGGUAUCUUAGAUGUAACCAUCAGCUAUUUCUAUCGCGAUGGCAACGGUAAAAGAGAGCAAUUAUCAAUCAAUUCGAUUAAUCCAGAUGGGUCCAGGCUGUUCCUGGAGAACUUUUUUUCUCUAACCAACCUGGUAUUAAAAGGGAUCUGGCCAACAGAUAUCUACAUAGAUGUCCAAUGGAUCCCCCGCACAGAGAUUCCCUUCGAAAACAUCGUGACAUUUACGACUUGGCUUUAUUCCCGCUUUGAAAGAAAGGAGCUAAUGCUUUCAAACAACAAGGUCUAUCUUGAAGAUGCUAAAUAUUCCUACCAGGGGCCCUUACUUGGCCCCAAAUACAAAGUUAUUUAUAUUUUCCUUUUUCUUAUGCUUGUAUGCUACUAUAUUUAUGGCUUUUUAAAGCUCCUUUCUUUUGGCCUAUCGCUCCUUAAAGGAUAG